UAAUAUAAAGGACAACUUUAAAAACAAAAUCAUCUCAUGUUUAUACGAAGCUGUCGCUGCAUUUAUCUCCCUGGUUUGUUCUGCGACCACAAUCCAAACAUUGACGGAGUUUACAACAAAAUCCUUCAAACCCCAUCAUCGAUUUUCUUCUAAAGUUCACAACUUGGAUCUCACAUUACUCAGUUAGUCACAACUGUAUUCUUCCCACCAAGAACCUCAUGGCAAUGAUUUUCAAGUCAAUGUCCGCUUCAACAAGCGAUCUAAGCUUUGUGAGACAAUCUUGUAUAUCUGGAAACCCUUCAUUAGAUUUGAAAAAUAGGGCUUUCAAUUUUGGAUUUUGUUGCAAGGGAGAAGAGAAAUGGAAGGUAAAAUAUGGGGUUGCUAAGGUUCGAGCAACAGUGGAAUUGGGUGUGAAAAAAGGAAGCAAUGUUGCAUUGGAGGGAACUUUAGGGUUGGAUUUGGUUUCAGAAGGAGAGUUAAUGGUGAAGGGUUUUAGAGGGUUGAGGAAGACAAAGCUUGUGUGCACUGUUGGUCCUGCUUGUAGUUCAUUGGAGGAUUUAGAGAAGUUGGCAAUGGGUGGAAUGAACGUUGCAAGGCUUAAUAUGUGUCAUGGUAGUAGAGAAUGGCACCGUGAUGUUAUUAGGAAGAUUAAGAAGAUGAAUGAGGAAAAGGGUUUUUCUGUUUCUGUUAUGAUUGAUACUGAGGGUAGUCAGAUUCAUGUUGUUGAUCAUGGAGCACCUUCUUCGGUUAAAGUAGAGGAAGAUUCAACUUGGUUGUUUACUACUGAACAUUUUGAGGGUUCUCGUCCAUUCACCGUUCAAGCAAACUAUAAAGGCUUUUCUGAAGGUAUUGAAGUAGGUGAUGAACUUGUUAUUGAUGGUGGAAUGGCAUGCUUUGUAGUCAUUGAAAAAACUGGAAAUGAUUUGCACUGUAAGUGCAUAGAUGCUGGUCUUUUCUUACCUGGAGCCAAAUUUAGUUGCUGGAGAGAUGGAAAGCUUGUAAGGAGGAAUUACAAGUUCCCCACUCUAUCAACAAAGGAUUGGGCUGACAUUAACUUUGGUAUAGCUGAGGGUGUUGAUUUUUUUGCCUUAUCCUUUGUCAAUCAUGCUGACUCUGUUAAGGAUUUAAAGAACUACCUCUCUUCCAAAUCACCCAAAUCCAUAAAAGUAUUGGCAAAGGUAGAAAGCCUAGAAUCGCUUAAUAAUCUGGAGGAAAUAGUGAAAGCUUCAGAUGGGAUCGUGGUAGCUCGUGGUGACCUUGGAGUCGAAAUACCACUUGAACAAAUUCCAACAGUCCAGGAGCAUAUUGUUCGCAUUUGCAGACAACAAAAUAAGCCAGUGAUUGUAGCUUCUCAGCUUCUUGAGUCAAUGGUUGAGUAUCCAACACCAACUCGUGCUGAGGUAGCAGAUGUUUCUGAAGCAGUUCGACAAUAUGCGGAUGCUUUGAUGUUAUCUGGUGAGUCAGCUAUUGGUUCAUUUGGACAGAAAGCUUUGGCAGUGUUGGAUAUGACUAGCAGUAGAAUGGAAUCAUGGAGUAGAGAGGAAAACAGACAAAAUCUUCUCAAUAACCAUAAACUUGGAGCAUCAUUGCCAGAUUGCAUCACUGAGCAAAUAUGCAAUUGUGCUGUUGAAAUGGCUAACAAACUUGGCGUGGAUGCCAUCUUUGUAUACACAAAGCAUGGUUACAUGGCAUCGUUACUAUCACGCAACCGUCCAGAUCCUCCUAUCUUCGCUUUCACCAACGAUGAGAGUACCCGCAUGGCGCUGAAUUUGCAAUGGGGUGUUGUACCACUUCUUGUUGAUUUAUCAGAUGACGCUGAAUCCAACAUCUCAAAAUCUGUGGAGCUUAUGAAAUCCAAAGAAUUGAUCAACAAAGGAGAUGUUGUUCUAGUGGUCUCAGAUGUUGCUCCAACACGUACAACUCCCAUGGCUCUCCAAUCAAUUCAGGUUAAGACAAUUAUCUAGAAAUGCAAGGCUGCAAAUAUAGUGAAAGAUACGUGUCUUUGUAUUUUCUUGACUUGGAAGUUGGAUAUUAUUGUUAUAAUGUAUUCCUAGUUUGUGGUCCUUAUACAAUAAUACGACAAAGCCUAAAAAUGAAUUAUUAUUUUUAGAACGAGGUACUCCUUUAUAAAUAUGCUUCUGAAUUCAUGAAAUGCCAA